AUGACUAAGAGUUUUGUGGCCCAGGCUGUCAGAUGGCAUAGAGCUGUGUCUGCUAACUUACUGAAAUGAAAUCUCCUGACACCCAGAGAAGAUGACUCCUCCAGUGGAAGUGACUCAGGUUGUCUUGAAAUCUGUGAAAAUGAGAAAAAAGGUUUUAUGAUGCAUAUGAAGACAACAAUGGGGAAAAAUGCUUCUGUCCUAUCGACGAACACAUUAAAAAACUCAAGCUACAUGAUGACAGCCCUAGUAACCAUCCAGCUGGAUGUGAAUGUCAUGGAGGAACAAGCAGAGAGCAGGAGGAUAAUUGGGGAAAACACAGUUCUGAGAGCAAGACAAACCAGGAGACACUUGUUGGUGACAUCUCUGACAGCUGAACUCCAAAAGGUUCCUUAUUUGUCAAAAAAGAGGGGAAACUUUCUAGGCCUCAAAAGAAGAAAAAAUGAGCGGAAGCUGCAGUAUCAUUCAGGUGUGACAGCUGGAAAGCUUAAAAAGCAGGUGAAUGAUCUCUUAGAAAAAGUAACUGAAAAGUCCAUAGAUUUACUGGCCCAGAAACAUGCAGAACUCCAGCAGUGUGAGUUUCUGGGAGAAGAGAGACUUCAAUCAUCUAAGCAUUUUCAACUGGCUUCUAAAAGAACCAUGAGGAUGCAUAAACUAAAACAUAUGCAUUUCCCAUGCACAUGCUGUUGCUAA